UUUGGAAGAAUAUUUAAUCAUUAUAAUUGUGAAAAUGCAGUUUACCUGACAACCAGGAGGUUGAGUCACCUGCCAUCAUAUAGCACUCGUAUCUCAAGUUUGCGUUCGCAAGACAAAUCAGAAGAUCGGUGGAUUGGAUCAAAACUGCUGAAAGGAUUGUCGGUACCCCCCUACCCACCCUUGAGGACUUGCACGCUGCCAGAACUAAGACAAGGGCGUGCAAAAUCCUCUCGGACCCUCCGCACCCCGGUCACCAGCUCUUCCAGCUCCUUCCCUCAGCAAGCAUGUCCGGCGACCUCGCUGGCGUGUGGGAGGUCGCGUUGAGCGACGGCGUCCACAGGAUCGAAUUCGAGCACGGGACGACCACCGGCAAGAGGGUCAUCUCCGUCGACGGAAAGGAGGUGCUGAGGCGCGACUGGAUGUUCAAGCUUGUGGGCAAGGAGACGUUCAUCGUGGGCAAGCUGGACACAAAAGCCACCAUCAACAUCGACCCGAUCAGCGGCUUCGCCUACGAGUACACCCUGGAGAUCAAUGGCAAGAGCCUGAAGAAGUACAUGGAGAACAGGGCCAAGGUGGCCAGCACCUGGGUGCUCAACCUGGACGGGACGGAUACCAGGGUGGUCUUGGAGAAAGAUACCAUGGAUAUUUGGUGUAAUGGAGAGAAGAUUGAAACUGCAGGCGAGUUUGUGGACGACGGCACAGAAACCCACUUCACACUGGGUGAACACAACUGCUGUGUGAAGGCGGUGAGCAGCGGAAAGCAACGAGACGGACUCAUUCACACACUUCUCGUGGACGGAGCAGAAAUAGCUGAAUGUACAGAGUGACUUUUUGUUGAUUUAAAAAAAACAUAUAUCUAUAUAUAUAUAUAUAUAUAUAUAAGCGGCUGAAAUAAGUAUUUAACACAUCACCAUUUUUUCCACUACAUAUAUUUCCAAAGGUGCUAUUGACAUGAAAAUGUCACCAGAUGUUGGGAUCCACCCAUUUAACCCAUACAUACAAACAAAGUAGAAUAAAUAAACUCAGAAAUUAAGUUGUGUGAAAUAAUGUGAAAUGACACAGGGAAAAAGUAUUGAACACGCCAACUGGUAUUUAUUUAAUACUUUGUACACAAGCCUUUGUUUGCAAUGACAGGUUCAAGACGCCUCCUGUAUGGAUAAACUAGUCGCCUGCAUUGCUCUGAUGGGAUUUUGGCCUAUUCUUCCACACAAGCAGUCUUCAAAUCUUGAAGGUUCCGUGGGCUUCUUUUAUGGACCUUGAGUUUCAGUUCUUUCCAUAGAUUUUCGAUUGGAUUCAAGUCAGGUGAUUGGCUAGGCCAUUCUAGCAGCUUUAUUUUGUCUCUUUGAAACCAAUUGAGAGUUUCCUUGGCAGUGUGUUUGGGAUCAUUAUCCUGCUGAAAUGUCCACCUCGUUUUAUUUUCAUCAUCCUCGUAGAUAGCAGCAGAUUCUUGUCCAGAAUGUCACGGUACAUUUGCCCAUUCAUCCUUCCUUCAAUAAUGUGAAGUUUACCAGUACCAUUUGCUGAAAAGCAGCCCCACACCAUCAUGUUCCCACCUCCGUACUUCACUGUUGGUAUGGUGUUUUUAAGGUGAAAGGUGAUGUGCAGUGCCAUUUCUCCUCCAAUCGUGGUGUGCAUUAUGGCAUCCAAACAGUUCAGUUUUACUCUCAUCAGACCAGACUAUAGUCUCCCAGUAUUUAACUGGCUUGUCCAAAUGUUGUUCAGCAAACUUUAACGAGCUUUCACAUGCUUUUUUUUUUUCAGCAAUGGGGUCUUGCGUGGUGAGCGUGCAUACCAGCCAUGGCGACGGAGUACAUUACUCACUGUUUUCCUUGUGAGAACAGGACCUGCUAAUUCCAGGUCUUUUUGAUGCUCUCCACAGGUGGUCCUUGGUUCUUGGACAACUCUUGAGAUAAUUCUUUGCCACUCCUCUGUCAGAAAUCUUGGGAGGAGCACCUGAUCGAUGCAAAUUUAUUGUGGUAUGAUUGGCUUUAUGGCCCCAACUGUGCUCACUGAAACAUUCAGAAGCUUAGAUAUGCGCAUGUAACCAAUGCUAUCAUUAUGUUUUGCAACAAUUAGUUUGCGAUGGUCUUGAGACAGCUCUCUGCUCUUACCCAUCAUGUGUCUUGGCUCACACCUUGGCAAUGAGACAUUUUUGUUGGCCAUCAAUUAGGACUGAACCAGCUGAUAUUCAUUUGCACUGACAAGGGGCUGGAUUACUGUUUGAUUAUUGAUAGAUUGUCGGUGUUGUCUUGGCUUUCCAUGCCCUUUUGCACCUCCCUUCAUGUGUUCAAUACUUUUUCCCUGUGUCAUUUCACAUUAUUACACGCAACUUAAUAUCUGAUCUUAUUUGCUCUACUUUGUAUGUAUGUAUGGAUUACAUGGGUUGUUUCCGACAUCUGGUGAAAAUUUAAUGUCAACAGCACCUUUGGAACUAUAUUUAGUGAGAAAAAUGGUGACGUGUUAAAAACUGAUAUCAGCCGCUUUAUAGGUAUUUAUCCAAGAGCCAUAAAAACUUGACACUUGAUAUUUUGAUUUCCUAAGUAGCGAUAAGAAGUCUUAUGGACCUACGUUUUGGAUAUAUUCUGAAAACACUGGAAAUACUAAAGUGUACUAUAUUGUGAAAAAAAAUAUUGAUUUCAUUGUGUGAAUGCUAAAGAGCCAACACAAAAAUUCAGUUUUUAUUAUUCUGUCCUUAUUUGUCCCACCACAUUUCUCAACAGAUUCAAACUAUUCCUAUUCCCAGUCUCACAUUCUAGAUGUCAACAAUACAAUGAAUUCCACAGCAUUUCACUGCAGUGUCAGAUCUUCAGCAUUCAUUCAGUCCGAAAUUGCAUUCUAGUUUUGUGUCUUCUUGUGCCAUAUUUAUUUAAUUGUGGAAUAAGAUCAACUUAUGUCCCAGUGCCCCAAUUCAGCCCCCGAGAGCGGUUUGACUUAGCAACAUCAAAUUGGGUAGGCAUGUCUAUCAUGAGUAGACCCACAAAAAAAGUCUCAAGAAGCCAUGCCCUCCAAAGACGAGAAGUCAGCCAUUUUGGGUCGAUGCUUCCAUUUUAGAGUCAUUUUGGCUAUUUUCAGAGGUCGUAAAGAUGAACUUUUUUUCCGAUGGCAACCAAAUUUGGACCACGUACAGUGGGAAGAAAAAGUAUGUGAACCCUUUGGAAUUUAUCAAAUUUCUGCAUAAAUUGGUCAUAAAAAGUGCUCUGAAGUUAAUCUAAAUCAGAAGAAUAAACUGUCUGCUUAAAGUAAUACACAAAAUAUGUUUUUAUAUUUUUAUAGAAAACAUUCAUAGGAAAAAACGUCAGUGAAGCCCUAUCUCCCACUGUAUACUAGAACAAUAAAUGGUGACAGUUUUUUGUCAAUACAUUUUCAUGUUAAGCAGUUUUGUGGUGUUACUUGAAUGAUACAAAAUCUGGAAUUUAGGUGGUACUGGUCUCCACUUUUUAAAGUGAAUAUAAGCUAUACAUUUAGAUACUGUGUAUGUCAUUACUGACCAGCAUUAUUUUUAAAUUUCCUGCGAAGUACAGUAGCUGAGUAGGAAUUGCUUUUGUUACGCCAACUGCAAUAAAUAUUUAAUGUUGUUUCUAAA